AUGCCACCUCAGAGCAGAGGAAGCUCCCCUGCUCUAGGGCCACGACCCUACGCGAAAUCGGACUCACUACCGCCCACCCUGCGACCCUUCCUGGAAAACCUGCCCUCCCCAACCGCAUUAAUCCCCAAUGAUCAACGCACGCCGACAGGUCCUCGCAUGAUCGGCCCAGACCGCGACAUCCCUACGCCGACACCAAGCCCUCAACGGUCUCGAGCUGCAACCGCCUUCGAACUGGGUGCUCAGGUUAAAGAAGUCAGCGAAGAUGGGUAUAGUGAUGUCCUUGGGUCAGAGGGGAGAACUUCACCAUUGGAAAAGAUUGGACUAGAACAGGACGGUGUCGAUCUCGAUGUGGCAGGCGUGACCUUAGACGACGACGAUUUUGAGUCGCACUACUCUCGUCAGGAGUCUUCGGCAUCAGAAGAGGAAGGAGACGAAGUUGAGGUUGAAGGAGAAUUUAUUUCUAACGAAGACUACGACGAAGAACGACAAGAUCAAAAUGGUGGUGCAGAUGCUGGAGAGCCUUUACCGUCGGCUUCAGAAAGGAUGGAGUCGUUGUCCCGUGUGCGUUCGUUGCCUGCUCGGCCAACGCUCUCCCAGACAUCGGGGCAUUCUACAGCGCAGCAUCAGAGAGACGGGCUACACACCUCACAGUCAACAACAGCACUCCCGCCUCCACCCCCUCCUCCGCUCUAUCCUCCCUUCUACAAUCGACCACCAACUCCCCUGCCACCUUCUCCCAGCCUUACUUCUCUGCUCCGGCCUCCGUCCUUACUGAACCGCUCAACGGCUUCAACUCGGCCAACUACACCUGACAGCUCCGACGUGGAAACCCCUAACGAUACUGAAGCAGCUGUGGCACAUUCAGCUCGACGCGCAAACCCGGUCCCGCCAACAUCACCCAAAGUCCCUACGUACGAAUACUACGGAUUUGUCUUGUACUUGGCUUCAACACUCGCCUUUCUGAUCUACCUUCUAUGGUCGUAUCUUCCAUCUCCUUUCCUUCACGCGCUCGGGAUUACCUAUUAUCCGAACAGGUGGUGGUCUCUCGCCAUCCCUGCCUGGAUUGUCAUGCUUCUUAUCUUCAUAUAUGUUGCCCUUUUGAGCUAUAACGUCGAAUACCUUACUCUUCCAUUGACAAGUCUGGAAUGCAUGGUCGAUGCUGCUGCAAACGUGGCUGUACUCGAUGCGUCAGGACGAAUUAGGAAGGGAGGGAGUAAGAGGCUGGUAAAGGAGCUUGAAGAGCGAGCCAGGCAUGAGCGGGACAUGGAGAGUGUGGGAACCAAAAGUGGGAAAGGCAGGAAGUCCUCCAAAGCUGGAGCCGAAGCAUCCCAUCGAUCAAAGGAAAAAGGCAAGCGAAAGUCUUCUCGAGCAAAUAUCGAGCAUCCAUCGCCAUCAGACAUUCGGGCCUGGGACUACCAAUCUCAACCGACUACUGGUUCCGCGAAUGUUUCUCUUUCCAGCAACCGGACCACGGCUAAUUCAUCCCAUUAUCCUUCAUGUUAUCCUUUCAUCCCAACGACUACGCAUCUAGCCCGAACGCAGCACGAUUAUCAUAUGCAAGAAGCCUACCCCACGCACCCAAACUGGAAGCUCGUUUGGAAUGAGGGCACGGAUGCCGUCAUGGAUGUGCCCAUCGGUGGCGUCUGUGAGGUUCUCUAUGGCUAA